AUGAGUUUUGCGUGGAAUCCUUCGUCGGACGAGGAAGAUUUGGACGAAUGGACCAGGCGGGAAGGGUUCCAAUGCGACACGAGCAUCCUUUCUGCUGCCGACCCGGUCAAUCGUGACGACAUCCGGGAGAAUGCUUCAACAUUUGUUUCAACGGAUGCGUGGGAACAGAUGGGACGUUCUCCUGCGGGGCUUCCAACGUCGCUGACUCUGGAUAGCAGUGACGAAGAAGAAGAGGUUGACUGGGAAGACGUUGCCGACGGGAACGGGGACUUGAAACCCGCAGCCGUCACUGCUUCCCAUCAGCCCGUUACUACUAACAAAUCUGUAAUGAUUGAUUUGAGCAAAAAGACGCCAGAUGUUUCACCAGUGAUAGAGUCCAAAAGGAAGGCAAGGACCCGCAAAAGGUUUCGCAACGAAUCUCUACCACAGUAUCUACAGACGCUUCUACGGGAUCUGCACCGAACCAGUUUACUUUUUCUAGCAUCGCGAGCCAUCUACCUUUCCAAACUCACGACUAAUGAUGAAUUUCUUGCAGUUGCGCACAGUCUUGUUCCCUUGAGUCUCUUACACCAGCUCACGUCCACCGAUACUGUGCACAGCUCGCGGGAAACAAUCCCACCGACACGGCAUGAUUUGCGCAUGUUUUGCGAUUGGUAUUUUGCGUUCGUACACAACGUGGACAGUCGUAGGAGACAGCAAUUAGCAGCUCAUCAUGCGGCGGGUGCACCGACUGCUACCAUACGACGGGUACGUCAACCACGGGGUAAGGCGUCGAAAGCACACUCGAACCAAGUAAGACAUGUUGACGCAAAUCCGAUAAAAAUGUUGUCGUCAUCAAACGGAGACGACCCAUCUGAUUGUUCUCUACUAGAAUAUGCGGCGUAUGUAGCGCUUUCUGAUCAUGGUGAUCCACAAGCUCAAACAGUGUGGAGAAAACGAGAUGUGGAAUUCUCGGAACGUCAUCCAACGCUACUGUUGUUAGCCAUUGCUCGAUCACUGGGUUGGCGAGCACGGCUGGUACAGGCAAUGAAUCCCAUUCGAUCCGACUUGGAUGUUGCGCAUCCAAUCUUGACCUGCAGUCAAAAUAUUUUUGUCACUCUUUCGCACAAUCUUCAACAUCAAAGUCCGAGAUCUGCCGCGUCCAAGCGCAAGAGAGCAUCUACUACUCCAGAAUUACAGACAGAGGUGACGCCAGUCGGUAUGUCGUCUUCUAUCUCCCAGAGAAAUGUCACGGCGGAUUGGGUUGAAAUUCUGAUCCAGGAUGGGUCGACCAGGAGUGGUUUUCGUUGGAUUCAUGUCGAUCCGGUCCAGGAACUCAUCAAUAGACCGGAUCAAAUCGAAAGGCGACUGGCUGCCAUAUUUUCAUUGGCUGAAGGGCAGGCAACACGAAAACGUGUAGCGUUGGGGUACGCUGUUGCAGUAGAGCACGCCGUAGACGGGGUAGCACCCGUAGUAGAAUCAGCCACAGGACAAUUCCAGAUAACGGAUGUGACUCCCAGAUACGCGUCAAGCUGGGUUGAGUCGCUGCGUGUUCGAGGACUGGUGCGUGGAAAGAAUUCUUUGACAGAAAAAAACCUGAAAAAAAGCUGGUGGUCGAUAACCUUGGCGAAACUGAAUACAUCUUGUGUUUCCAUAUACCCAGAGUUGGACCAAAGGGCUGGUGGUAGUCCCGCUGACGCAAUUGUUGUAGACCAGGAUUCGGGAGACAACCUGUCGUCUUUGGUCAGCUCUAGACCAAAGGUGAUGGCAACAAUGGAAGACCAUGAAUCUGAAGAGUUACAGCAGUCAGUUGAGAACGAGGCAAUUCCCACCUCCAAGGCUGCCUUCAAGACUCACCCUAUUUAUGCUCUUCAAUCUGUGCUUAAUUCGACAGACGUACUCGCACCGGAUGCUGGCCUUCGCAUAUGUGGUGUUUUCAAAGGAGAGCUUAUUUACCGACGUAGCGAUGUUAGUUCUGCGCUUCCGGAGAAGAAAUGGCUUUACCAAGAUCGCAAGGUCCGUCAAGGCGAGCAGCCGAUCAAGCGUGUGAAGGCACGCAGAAAGACAACCCCGACCAAAGCAUUUCAAGCAUUGACUUCAUACGGGGUAGGGUCGUCCAAUGACGGUAGUGAGGAAAGACGAGCUGCCGAUAUUGCUCAAGGCUCGCAGCCUCUCGAUGACGGGAUGGUGGAUCUUUUUGCGAUUUGGCAGACAGAUCCAUGGUCUCCUAUCCCGAUUGGCCCCAACGAUGCCAUUCCGGUAAACAUUUAUAACAACAUCGAACUGGAGUUGCUAAAUCCUGGGCUCGUACACAUCGACCAACGUGGCGCAUCGAUUGUGGCUAAGAAACUCGGGAUUUCCUACGCCCCUUGUUUGCUAGGCUUUGAAGGUCACGGUAGUAACCGGACUCCUACCAUACGAGGGAUUGUCGUGCACGCUCAUAACGAACAAAUAGUCCGCGAAGCCCAUGUUGAAGCUACGUCGCAUCAGAUGCAAGUCGACGAAGACAAUCGUCGACAUGCGGCGUUACUUCGAUGGAAAAAGCUAAUGGUCGGAAUUCUGACGAAAGAUCGCUUAGAGCGUGACUACACAUAA